AUGCAGCCAGACCCAGGUAUAGAGGCUGCUGCUUUAGGUGCUGGUGAGUCUGCUCUCUUUGGUACUGCGUCUGAUGCGGCCCUGCACACCUUCCCGCUUGACUCAGGCGCUUCCCGCUGUUUCUUUUGCGACAGUACCACAGUCACACCGCUCUCCGCACCUGUUGCUGUCUCUUUGGCUGACCCCUCUGGGGACCCAGUCCUUGCACGUUCCUCCACUGUUCUGCCUUCUCCAGCGGUUCCGUCUGGGUCACUGUCAGGUCUCCACCUCCCCUCGUUCUCUACGAACUUGGUGAGCACUGCUGUCCUUCAGGAUGCGGGGGUUGACACCUUCUCCCUUGGACGGCAGCGUGAGGUGAUCUGUACGUGCUACCGGACUGGCCGCCACCUGGCCACGUUCACCCGUCGGCCUCGGUCGAGUCUGUACACACUAACUACUGUGCCUCCUCAAGUAGCUGCGUCUGCGUCUACGUCAGGUCAGCUUGCGCCCCCGUGCUUAUCUCUACCUCCCCUCCCACCCUCGCCUGCCCCUCCCUGCCUUCCCUGUGUCGAGGGGCGGCAGCGCGCCGCUCCUCACUCCUCCUCGUUCCCCUCGACAGAGGCUCCCCUGCAGACUCUCCACCUGGACGUGUGGGGCUCAGCCCGCGUCCGUGGACAGGGCCACGAGCGGUACAUUCUGCUGGUUGUCGACAACUUCACGCGUUACACCACGGUCUUCCCCUUGAGCCGCAAGGGGGAUGUCUCUGAUGUUCUGAUCCCUUGGACCCGCGCUCCGCGAGUCCAGCUCCGCGAGCAGUUCGAGACGGACCUUCCCGUCCUGCGUCUGCACUCUGACAGAGGUGGUAAGUUUUCCUCCGACCCGAGGAGGGCCUUUUGUCUUGCGGAGGCCAUUCGCCAGACGUUAACGCUUCCGGCCUCUCCGCAGCAGAAUGGGGUUGCUGAGCGCUGCAUUGGCUUAGUCAUGGAGGUCGCUCGUACCUCCAUGAUCCAUGCGGCUGCCCUCCAUUUUCUGUGGCCAUUUGCAGUCCAGUACGCUGCGCAUCAGCUCAACUUCUGGCCCCGUCUCUCCUUGCCCGAGACCUCGCCCACACUGCGUUGGACGGGGGAAGUAGGCGAUUCGUCGUUGUUCCGGGUCUGGGGAUGUCGAGCCUUUGUCCGCGAUACGUCCGCGGACACGCUCUCCUUCUGCGCCGUUCCCUGUGUCUUCCUUGGCUUUGUCCCUGACGCGCCUGGCUGGCAGUUUUACCACCCCACCUCGCGCCGUGUCCUGCCCUCUCAGGACGUCACGUUUGACGAGUCGGUUCCCUUUUACCAUCUCUUCCCCUACCGCAAUGCCCCUCUCCCUCCCCCGCCGCUCUUCCUCGCACCAGGUCCUCCUCCGGUAGACCCCCUCCCCCCUCAAGUUCCUGCUCCCUCAGGUGUGUCCCAGGUAGACCCUGUCGAGUAUGUCGAGGUAGCUUUCGACUCUGGUGCUGCUAGAGGUGCUGCGUCUGGGGGUGCUGGCUUGUGGGUGCGGGGCCUGGGAGUGCUGAGCUUGAGCGUGGGGUUGAUGAGUCUGAGAGUGCGGAGCCUGGGGGUGCUGAGUCUGAGGGUGUUGAGCCUGGGGAUGCUGAGCGUGGGGGUGCUGAGCUUGGGGGUGCUGAGCAUGAGCGUGCUACGCCUGGGGGUACUUUGUCUUCUGGAGGUCCUCUGGGUGUCUUGUCCCGUCGGGAGAUGGGACUGGUUUGCUCUCCCACCACAGAUGCGCGAGUGGUUUGCUCGGCGCUGGAGUGUCCGGAUUGGUGCUGCAGGAGCUGGAGCUGCAGGAGGUGCUGGAGCCCUUGGUCCCAUAGAUGCUCAUCUUGGAGGUACUGGAGCUGCUGGGGCUGGGGGUGCUGCUGGAGCUACUGCAGCUGGAGGUGCUGCUGGAGCUGGAGCUGGAGGUGUUGCUGGAGCUGGAGCUACUGGAGGUGCUGCUGGAGCUGAAGCUGCUCGAGGUACUGGAGCCGCUGGGGCUGGGGGUGCUGCUGGAGCUGGAGCUAGAGGUGCUGCUGGAGCUAGAGUUGGAGGUGCUUCUGGAGCUGGAGCUGCUGGAGGUAUUGGUAAUGUCGGUGCUGGUUCUGGAGGCGCUGAGCGACCGCGACCGUACUUCGUUCCCCAGCUUCAGCAGGUUCUUUGUCUCCCGCCUUCUACUGACCUUACUUCGACCAAGAACACGGACGAGACUUCACCGUAA